UGGAUCUAAUCUCAUCGUCCGACACAACAUUCAAGUUCCAGUCUACCAGACACUCGGUAACACCAUGUCGCUCCCACCUAUCGACCCUAAAAAGUCUGUCGCUGGCAUUGCCGUCGAUCCUCAGACUUUGGAGCGCGUCGUCCCAGAAUCCAGACGUCCAGAUGGCUCGGUACGAAAGCAGCUAAAGAUUAGGCCCGGUUUCACACCACAGGAAGAUGUCCAGAGAUUCAGAGGAACGAGGCAGGCACAGGCCGACGCCAAUAAGCUUCCCAAAGGUCACAUCAUCGGAUGGGCACCCCCUACAGCCUCAGAAACAUCUACCUCAAAGCCAAUGUCGAAAGGUGCAAAGAAGAACGCCAAGAGGAAGGAGAAAAAGGAAAAGGAGCGUGCUGAAGCUGCUGCUGCCGCUACGCCUGUGCGGGACAACUGGGAGGACGAUUCCGAUGGCGAACAACCUGGCGCUCCUACCACCGCCGAGGAAAAGAAAGAUCCUCCUCCCGCCACCACUUCCGAAUCUACCGACUCUGUAACGAACAAACUAGAAAAGUUGACCAUCUAGAGGACACAUUACGACCGCCUCCCAUUACCUCUUAGCAGAGGCCGACGACCCUGUAUUAAUAUAUCCCUGUCCGUUGCAUCGCAAUUGUACCGACAACCCUAUUAUACCGA